AAACAUUGGUAAACAUACAUAACCAUAGAUUAGAUGCAAAAAGCAAGUGACAAAAAAUGUGAGGGUGAGGAUAAUAAUUAUGACCAUAAUAAUUAUACAAAAGUAAAAUAGUAGUUCCAUUCUAGGGACGGCAAAUAAUUGUAUCAAGCAGAAGUUGAUAAUUAAACACUGAAGGGCUAGCAUAACAGGUCUGUUAAGCUAAUAAAAAUAAAAUAUGGAUUGUGAGAUAACUACUGACAGUAUAUCACAAUCUGAUGAACUUCCUGGUCCUCCAAAACGAAAGAAAAAAUGUGAGACUACUGUUUCUGAAAAUGAUAAUAAUAAUUGCCAUUGCAGUUUUUUUGUUCCGCGUAAAAAACGUUAUUGUAAAAUGACUGUUAAAGAAGGAGAAACAUAUUGUGGUGAACAUAAAAAGAUUAGUUCAGAUGUACCUGAAACUGAAGUCACCAAAGACUCUCCUAUACGAAUUAUUUGCCCAUUAGAUGGAAAGCAUACAUGUUAUGCACAUAAUUUAAAAAAGCAUUUAAAAAUAUGCAAUGCUAGGCCAAAACCAACAGCACCCUACAUUUUGAAGGGUAUUAAUAAUUGUAGUAGUGAUGAAACAGAUAUGGAUAAUUCAUAUAAUUUAUUGUCCACAUUUUCUGAAGCUGAUAUAGUUAAAACUAUUGCUAAAGUGAAUGAAAUUUAUCAGAAAUUAAUAAAAGAGAAAAUCACUGAAAAACAAUUAAAGAACAACCUGCUAGAAGAAGAAAUGGCCAAACCUGACUAUGGCCCUAAAACCAAAAAACACUUACAACAAGUAUCAUCAAUUCUUGGUUUGAUCAAAGAAUAUGGAAUGAUGAAACCAGCAACCUGCUAUAUUGAAUUUGGGGCUGGCAGGGGACAGUUGAGCUUUUGGCUUGCUAAGAUGAUAGAAGAUGAUAACACUUCAAAAAUUUUGCUUGUUGAAAGAGCUUCGCCAAAACAUAAAAAGGAUAAUAAAUUAGCACAAACAUCAGAUAAAGUGUGUAGGAUAAGAGCAGACAUUUCAGAUAUAGUUUUAGAUAAAGUUGAUCUCAUUAACAACAGUUCCAAUAUAAUUGGUGUUACUAAGCAUCUUUGUGGAGAAGCUACAGAUCUCGCUAUAAGAAGUUUAGGCAACAUAAAAGAAAAUAACUGCAAAGUUGGUGGCUGUGUUUUAACAUUUUGCUGUCACCAUAGAUGUCGAUGGGUACCAUACACUGGUAAAGACUUUUUCAAAGAAAACAAUUUGGAAAAGGCUGAUUUCGAUAUAAUGUGUGGCAUGGCAAGCUGGGCAACCUGUGGGACAGGCUUGAGUAGAGAACUAAGGAAGCAAGUGUCAGAAACCGAUCUCAAACCGAAUGAAAGAGAUGUUGUUAUGGGAUUAACCCGACAGGAGAAAGAAGAAGUUGGGAGAAAAAGUAAAAAUAUUUUAAAUUGGGGACGUUUGCAUUUUUUAGAAAAGUGUAAUUUUAAAUGUUAUUUACAUCAUUAUGUAGAUCAAAUCGUUACUUUAGAGAAUGUAUGUAUUGUUGCUAUGAGAUGAUUUAUUUUUAAAUAUAACGGGUAUUAUAAAAGUUAAAAUAAAAAAUAUGUUUAA